UCUCAGCUGUUUCCUGCGUGUUUGUUCCACGCUAGAAAUGGGAGCCAGAGAAUGUUGCGUGAAUAACUGUGGGAGCAGCUCCCACGACCACCGGGGCAGGAUGCCCGUGAACGGCCUGAGCUUCCACUGCUUCCCUGCGUGGAGAACGAAGGAAGGCGACUUUAUAUCGCAGCUAACGAGGCGGCGGAGAGAGGCGUGGGUGACCGCCGUGGGCCGCAGAGAAAUCACCUUCGACCACAUCCCGUCCUCCAUGAGAGUCUGCUCCAGACACUUUGUCUCAGGAAAACCAGCGUAUGAGAUGCUGGACAAAGAUCCAGACUGGGUGCCGUCGCUACACCUGGGUCACGAUGGCGUUGAUGAAUGUGGAGAAAAGUCCUGGAGUAAAAGAAGAAGGUUGUUUUCUGUUGAGGAACCAGGAGAAGUGCGUCCAGGAGCAGAUGGUGCUGCUGAAGCCAGGAAGCCUCCUUCGCCUGCUUGGAAAGAAGUGAAAUCUGCUCUGCAGUCUCUUCUGGACGGUAAAACCGUCAUCAGGCAGCAGCAGGGAGACGAUGAGCAGAACCAAGGCGCUGAGACGAAGACCGACUCCGGCUUCCAGGACUUCUUCAGGAACGCUCUUCAGUCGUCUCUGGAGGCCUCCAUCCAGGCCAGAGCUCGCUCUAAGAGUCGGCCGCCGUCCACAGAGUACGAAGUGGAGCUGAACGUGGCGCUUCCAUCUUCUGCAGAAGAACCGGCCGCCCCUCUUCUUGUGCCGUCCUGUUCUGCAUCGUCGUGUGCGAACUGCUCCGUGAUGCUGCAGAGGAUUCGAGAGCUGGAGCAGAAGCUGUUUGAAGUCGUCAGCAAACAUAAGAGCAAAGUGCUGAACAGACCCUCUGGGGUUUGGGGGGAGUCAACGGCUCACAUUGGACCAGUUCAAGGUGAACCGGACUGUGAAGCCGCUCCUUCCACCUUCCGUCCUCCCCAACCUCCCCGACCUCUUCAACACCGCCGCCGCCAGUGCUUCAGGAAGGAGUGGCUCAAGCUCUUCCCGUUCCUCCGGUACUCUCCGAGCCUCAACGUCAUGUGGUGCUACGUGUGCCGCAUUCACGCCGACUCGUUCAGCCAGAACCACCGUCUGAUCAAAGGCUCCAAUCAUUUCACCAAGUCCAACAUCAAGAAGCACACUAACACCGUGUACCACCAGCAGAACGUGCAGCGCUUCCUGUGGAGCAGCCGCCCACUGUCCGAGGAUCCAACGGAUCCAACGAAUCCAACGGAUCCAACGGAUCCGCCCGCUGAGCCACAAUCAUAACAAAUACUUUCUGAUCUUUCCGGUGACUCUGCAACUUCUGAAAGAGUGAAACUGGAGCUGGGUGGUUUUUAAGGGUUUUUAAGGGUUUUAGAAAACAUGUUUGUGUUUUUUCACCAACACACUCCUUUGUUUACAUAUUCAAGAUGGCGCCAUCUUGCUUGAGGAGCGUGUUCUACAGCUCUGUAUUUAUUAGAGCGUUUUUUAAGUGCAUUAAAGAAAAACAUUAAUGAAAUUGA